AUGUAAUAUUUUACAUUUGAAGAAAAGAAAGUGUUAUUUCAAAUAAAUUUGAUUAUUGACUUUCUUCAAAAAUUCUUUGUAAAAAUAAUAAUUUACCUUUAUAAAUUGUUUUUUUGAAGAGUUGAUUACAAUUUAAAUUUAAUUAACAUAAAAAAAAAAUAUUAAUUGGGAACCCAAAAAUUAUUUUCUUUAGAUUAUAAAUAAAUUUUUAUAUUGUCAAAUAGAUAGUAGGGUAUUUUUUGAAUUAACGCUUAGCUUUAUUGUUGGUAAAACAACCCUAAAGAUUUAGAAUUGAAUUAUGUCAUAUUUGUUGAAAGAAAUAAUUAAAGUAUUUUAGUUUUGGGAUAUACAUUAUAAUAAGAGAAGGAAAAAUUCGAAAAUGUCUAAAGAUAUCGAUUUUUAUGUAUUAAUGUAUGACCCCUUAUACACUAAAUGAUUUGAUUAAGUAUAA